AUGGUGAUGCACGGGCCGCUGGACACGUGGACGCUGGCGCCGCGGCCGUCGAUGGUCUUGAAGGAGUUCAUCACCAGCUCCUGCUUCAGCGUGAUCACCAUGUCGCGCUGGAACGUGAUCCACAGCGGCUCGUCCUGGAUAACGGCGUGGCGGAGGGUGCCCGGCUUUGGGUUGACGGCGUCGUUGUCGCUUGAGUCGGUGACCACGUAG